AUGGUUAGAUUACUUUUAUUCACAACGAUAGUGCUUUUAACAAAUAUUUUCGGUUCUUCUGAAACAGAGACUUUUUUCUUUCGAACUGGAAGCAUGCUUCAACCAGAAAAUGAUGAUCCAGAACCUAGCAAAUAUGAAAGAUGGUUUACCCAAAAUUUAGACCAUUUUAAUCCGAACGAUGAACGAACUUGGCAACAGGUAAAACUAUAUACAAUUUUCUGA